GUUUAAUAGUUGCUGUUGCUGCACUUCCGCUUCUCUCCCGGCGAGAGAGACACGAGUGGCCAGGCCCAGCCGCAGCCGCAGCAGCAGCCGCCGCGGCGGCACGGAGGAGCCAGACACAAAGAGAGGGGCUGUUUGCGGGGUGGGGUGGGGGGUUCGCUAUGUCGGAUGACGAUUCGAGGGCCAGCACCAGCUCCUCCUCAUCAUCGUCCUCAAACCAGCAAACCGAGAAGGAAACAAACACCCCCAAGAAGAAGGAGAGUAAAGUCAGCAUGAGCAAAAACUCCAAACUCCUCUCCACCAGCGCCAAGAGGAUUCAGAAGGAGCUGGCGGACAUCACUUUAGACCCUCCACCUAACUGCAGUGCUGGUCCCAAAGGUGAUAACAUCUAUGAAUGGAGAUCAACCAUUCUAGGGCCUCCAGGAUCUGUAUAUGAGGGUGGUGUAUUCUUCCUUGAUAUCACUUUUACACCAGAAUAUCCCUUCAAACCUCCAAAGGUUACAUUUCGCACAAGAAUCUACCACUGUAAUAUUAACAGUCAAGGAGUUAUUUGUUUGGACAUACUGAAAGACAAUUGGAGUCCAGCACUAACCAUUUCUAAAGUCCUCCUUUCUAUCUGCUCACUUCUUACAGACUGCAAUCCUGCCGACCCCUUGGUGGGAAGUAUUGCCACUCAGUAUAUGACCAACAGAGCAGAACAUGACAGAAUGGCCAGACAGUGGACCAAGAGAUAUGCUACAUAAGUUGGGUUUUCACAAUUCUUACAUUGUCUGUCACAGAGAGCGCUGCUUGUGAUUUUCAAGGGGUGGGGGAGGGUGGGAGUUGGUAAAGAGUAGGGUAUUUCUAUAACAGAUAUUAUUCAGUCUUAUUUCUUAAGAUUUUGUUGUAACUUAAGGUAUCUUGCUACAGUAGACAGGUAUUUCGUUUGUGCAGGUUACACACAUGGCCAUUUAUUUGGUUCUCUAAUGACCGCAUUAUUUUGUUUAAACAAUUUGGAAUUUGUUUUUUCCUUCUUAGACAGGAACAUUGGUAUUUAAGUUUUUAAAAGACUGUCAUCUCAUAUAUAUAUAUAUAUAAAAUGGACACAUGGCUUUAAGACACCCUAUAGGAAAUGAAUAGUUGUGUAUUUUAUUUUAUAUGCCAAUCUGCUUUGUCGUGGAAAGAUUAUAGAGGUUUGAAUCAGGACUUGUGGAAACCUGUAGUAAAAUACCUUAAGCUGUUAACUGUCAGAUGUGGAAUAGGAGUUACUCAGUGGGUUGGUUAUAUGUUGUGGACUACUUAAGUCUACAUUUGUUACUGUGCUAAUAAACAAUAUUAAAACAACCACCCAACACUGCUGUGUUUAUUAC